AUGCUCCGCUGUGUCAGGGCAGCAUGGAAAACCCUGGUUGUCCAGCUUCCAGCAUCAAAUAAAGCCUUCACCACUGAGCAGCAACCUCGUCCAGAGGAGGCUACAUUAUGUGUCAGAAUGUUGGUGGUGUGUUGCAGGAUGGUCCACUACGGUCUACUGGCUGUCUACAUAUACGACGUCCUCCUGGAAACUGUCUCUACUGCUGACGACACUGACCAGUACCGGAGGCUGCAUCUCAAGAUGGUGAUCCUGGCCGGAAUCUUCUACAUGUUCCUGAGAACUUGUCUCCUACCUCAGGAGACCAACCUGAUCACCAGCAGUGUUCCUGCUCUGAUCUCUCUCUCCUUCACACACAACACUACCAACCAAACACACACCAACCAAACACACACCAACCACACACACACCAACCACACACACACCACCCACAUACACGCCGCCCACAUACACGCCGCCCAGGAGCGUUCAACUACACGCCAGACAUACAUACCAGACCAUCCCUCCAAGAACCCCGUGGAUCAGCCAGCAGACAUACCCAGUCACUACUUCAUAGAGGAAGGCGACUUCUGCAGGCGCAGCAGGGACCUGCAGGUGGUGGGAUUCGUGCACUCUGCCAUCGACAGGGUGCACAAGAGGCACGAGACUCGUGUCACCUGGGCCAACGCCUCGGCUCUCAACUGGGGCGUGAAUCUCGGUGUUGUCUUCAUGGUGGGACGAGCCAAGAACCAGGAGGAGGAGAAGACUGUCAAAGAGGAGAGCAGCUUGUAUCAUGAUAUUGUGCAGGAGCUGUGCAAUGUUACAAAGGAGCAACCAAAGCAGGGAGAGAGGUUUCAGAGUAGCGUAGGUGUCACCGUCCAUGGUUACUCUUAGACUGGGUUAGUGGUCGGUGCCAACCUCACCCUACCAUCAUCCCUCUACUACCCAUAUGGGGUAGGAGGGUUUCUGAGAUGUCAAGUAGGAAAUUAAAAAAUAUAAAAAGCCAGCCCUAAGCUUUUUCUAAUCGUUUAUAACAGGUCAUAUGGUUUGAGAAAAUAAGUUUCUCAUUAGAUACUAUAGACUAUUACAUUGUGUGACCUUUUCAAAUAAUGAAAGAAAGAAAUACAAUGUGUUCUUUGUCUGUUUAAUGUCCUGCUCUGGGGUACUCGAAUGUUCUUCCUGAAUAUUGUCCACUAUUUUCUCAGUGUCGGUUAAUAUGCCAUACAUGGGGAACUCCUAUGGCUAUCCGAUAAUAUUCUACUAAUACCCAUUAACCUCUCCUUACGUUAUCUCGUUAUCUUGUGUGCUUUUCACCGUAUGGUACAUUAACAGCUACAGGUGUUAUAUAACCAUCACAACUGACGUGGUUUGAAGUUUUGGUGCGUAGACACUGGUCGGGCAUCACCAAUCCAUCAACCACUUGGCAUAAUGAACAAUCCUGUAAUUUUGUAUAGCAUUGUUGUUUAAGAUUGUGUACAAUGGACUCUACUAAAUAGCUAUCGAGCUCUUAUAACGCAUAAUUUGAGUUGUGUACUGUAUUCCUUUCAUGUUUCAAGAGGGAAGAUUCAAUUAUGUUUCUUUCCCUGACAGAACUGUUUGGUACUAUAAUCUGGGCAGCAUCCCACCCCGGAGGGUGAUUACAUGCAUUAACGUGGUUAAAGAUACCGUUCGACUCCUGCCCUGUCCUGACUGAGUAUUUAUGCUGGGCAAUUCUGGCUUCCAGAAAUUUACCUGUUUGACCGAUAUAUGAGAGAGGACACUGAGUACACGGGACCUUGUAAACCCCACCAAUUUGAUUAUAUUUAUAAGGAACUCAAAAGAGUCAGACAAAACGCCGAACGCAAUCAUAAUAGGAAGCUAAAUAAUCUCAUAGCACAGAGUGGUUGGACCAUACAUGCGAAUCCAGAGUUUGUUAUGAACCUCUCUAGCAAGGAAUUAAGGAGUGAUCAAUAGGCAGCACUAGGGUUUGGAUUAAGCUUUGCACCCUCAACUAAUGGGGUCCACCUCUGGUGUAAAUUGUGGGACCCAUAGCCUUGGAGAAGUGGAUACAAAGGCUUCAAGGAAGAAUAUUUGGAUUUCUUCCUGAAGCCGCUUGAAUAAUCCACUUCCCCUACCGCCCCAUCUUUUCAUUUUUUACCAAUAGAUAUAUUUUAUUACAUAAUAUGAUACUAAAGAUUUAAGAGAUACAUUGUUGAUAUAAAGAUGGCAUAUACAGUAUGUUGAGAGGGUUCAUGGAUAUAUGAUGGUUGGAGUUAAGCACAAGUUGUUGGGUGGUAACACUUAUAUUAGCAGAGUGUGAGAGGGGAGCCCAGCCUAGCCUGUCCUGUUGCCUUUAAGAUCUACUGGUGAACUGAGGAAGAGGCAGUGCGUCUCAUGCUCACGUGCAGCAUCACGUGACGUCACACAUGCUAUCCACUGGGCCUAGCAAAAGGGUCAUCUAUGUAAAACAUAUAGAUGGUACUAACUAUGAUACUCAGAUAAUAUAUACAUAUACAGGGGAUCAGCAACUAUGCUGACAGCUCGAUCAUGUUUUGUAUGUCGUCUUGACAUACAAUUAUGCUAUAGGGCUGAACAGGCAGGUGGCUCUGGGCUGAUUCUGUACAAUAGCAAAGACAUAUGUAACUUAGAACUAAUGGAUGGUAUCAUAAUGCAUUACAAAUUACAAGAACAAAUCAUAGUAUAAUAAAAGAUGGAACUGAUCAAUUGAUCUGUAUUCAUGCACUCUACAGAUUCUGAGGAAGAAUAUAUAUAUUUACAAAGGUGAAAGUAAUUAACAGUAAAGGCAGACCAGGCGCGCACAGAUCAUUACUGCUAAAUCUCAGAAUUCGGAGAGAACGUGAACACACAUAAAAAAAAAUAUUUCUGGAAACUGAUUAGCUAAUAAUAAAACAUACAGUUGACAAGUUCA